UGUGAAUAGAUUUACUGAUAUUGUCAGGUAAGUAAUCCAUAUGGCAUGUGUGUCUAGAAUGCAGUUCUAGAGAAAUAUGCUGACUGAAAUCCUUGCUUAUGAAAAAUGGAUGCCUAUGGAAAGUCCUUGUGAAUUAUUGUAUCUUUUUAAUUGCUUAUAUAUCUUUUAUUUAUCUAUUAUUUGUAUUAUUGAACAAACGGCUGCCGUAGUACAGCGCAUGCAUGUAUUAAAAGAGCUCAAAGAUAUUUGGAUUAUUUGUAGGAUUCAAGCAAAGCUUUAUGAUCUUACUUUUAGAUAAACUGAACUAGUGGAAAGGUAACACGUGCCACACAUUCACCGGCUGCUUAAUCAGGCACACUAUACUAAUACUAGGUCAAGCUAGUGAGUCUGUGCCUACUACAGCCUCAGAGUCCUGUUCUUGGCUGACAGGAGUGGAACUACAUGUGUGCUUCUGCUAGCUCAUUCACUUCAAGGAUGAUGCAUUAUGCAAAGAUGUUUUUCUGCUUACCACAGAUAUGUAAAGCGUGGUUAUUUGAGAUAACGUAGCCUUCCUGUCAGCUCAAACUAGUCUAAUCAUUCUUCCUUGAUCUCUCUUAUCAACAAAGUUGGGGACUAUCCACAGAACCUCAGAUUACCAGAUGUUUUUGUUUUUUGCACCAUUUCGUGCAACUCUAGAGACUGGUGUGUGUGUGUGUAUGAGAAAUUCCAGGAUAUCAGCAGUUUCUAAAAUACUUAAAUCAGCAGAUUGUUUGGCAGCAACAGCCAUUAUGUUUGAUGUGAACAUUAACUGAUAUAUGAAAAAUGCAUGAUUUUAUAUAAUGAUCUGCUCCCAGAUGAUUGGCUGAUUAUAUACCUGCAUUAAUGAACAAGGGUACAGGUGUUCCUGUUAAAGUAGCCAGUGAAUAUAUUUUGUAUUAUUUUUGGAAAAUUAUGUGGCAGAAACACAGUGUUACUAUUAAGUGACUAUUAACUUUAAUGCUCCAAAGCAUAUUGUACAGUGCAAGUAAUCAGUAGACCUGACCUCUGGUUACGUUUCUGUUCUAGCUUUAAAAUUUAUUUAUUUAUAUCCCAAAUAAUCAAGUGUACUGUUCCUGUGAUUGGUCUUUCACUGUUACUUAACAUGUGGCUCUGAUUUUAUUCAGGUUAUUAAAAUCUGAUAUGUAAUAUUGGUUCUUAUUAAGUUGUAUUGUACUUACUGGAGAAAGGGUGUGAGUUGUGUUUCAUAAAGCACAGCUUAGUAACAUGCCAGCCAAAAGAUUGCUCAUUCAGUCAGUUCAGAAUUCACGGUGUUAGAGAGUGCUGGCUAGGGCUAGAACCAUGCCCUAAACUGAAGAGCAGGUUCGGGUUAAUGUUGUCUGAGGCAAAGGACCAUAAAUCUUCCCUUUUGUUCCCGUCAUGCCCUAUUGCUUUUAGUGCCAGCAAAAUAAAAGGAUGUAGGACAUGGUCUCACAACAGAUCGAAAAGAGAGAGUAAUAGCCACUAAAGGGACUCCUCAAAACAUACAACAUUUUUUUCCAUUCAUAUAUACACAUUAUGCCGGGUCUUGUAUGUCACACUGUAUUUUGUCAUGCUGUUACAAAAAGCCUCCACAUAAGUAAUGAAAGCAGAUUUAUAACCAUUCAGCUCUAGUUACAGUUAUCUGAUCAAGUGCUAUAUUCUAAGUACUAUUUAUCUGUAUCAUGGCUUUAAUUUCAUUUUAUGUAUCUGUCUUCUCUUUUGUUUUUGCCCUGUUGAGCAUCCCCAGUUCUCCUAGCAAAUCCUGUCAGUGGGAUUAAAUACUAGAUAUUCUGGUUACCUGCAUUGCAUGGUCUUCCAUUUUAGAAUGGCUUAAUGAGAUAUAAUUGAAUAUCUUAAUGAUAUUUUGAAUAAACACAAAGCAUGUGGUUUAUCUUUAACUUUUAACUUGAAUGUGCUAAUACUUUCUCUACAUUAAUCACUACUUGCUAACACUAUCACUAGGCUUCUAUAGCUUGGAUGAAUCUGAUCUAGACAAGACAUUCCAGUUGCCAUCAACGACAUUUAUUGGUGGUCAGGAGGCUGUACUUCCACUCAAGGAAAUUAUUUGCAGACUUGAGCUCGUCCGUUAGAUCGGAUCACACGGGACAGCCUUCACUCACUGAAGAUCCAGUCUGAUCUCUGAUCCAGUCGUCUAGCCAUCACAAUCUGGCCCUUGUCAAACUCUCUCAAAUCUUUAUGUUUGUCAUAAGGAUUUGAGUGAGUAUACACACACAAACGUGUGUGUGUGUGUGUGUGUGGAGAAAGAAAGGAUCUGCUAAUGAGGCAUCUUACUGUGGUCAUAUUGGUGUGGAAUUCAUGUUUAUUAACAAUAUGGAGCAAUGCCAGUGGAUCAGGCAAAAGUUUGAGACUCCAGGUAUAAUGAAAUUUACUGAAGGAGAGAAGAGGACUUUACUGGCACGGCUAGUGCGUUCAACACGCUUUGAGGACUUUCUGGCUCGUAAAUGGUCUUCAGAGAAGCGCUUUGGCUUAGAGGGCUGUGAGGUUCUCAUCCCUGCUCUGAAGAUGAUCAUCGACAAAUCUAGUGCAGCUGGAAUUGACAGUGUAAUCAUGGGCAUGCCUCACAGAGGUCGAUUGAAUGUCCUGGCCAAUGUUGUCAGGAAAGAUCUCAAUCAGAUUUUCUGCCAAUUUGAUCCCAAACUAGAGUCUGCAGAAGAGGGCUCAGGAGAUGUGAAAUAUCAUCUGGGUAUGUACCAUGAGCGGAUCAACAGGGAAACGGAUAAGAACAUCACUCUGUCUCUUAUGGCUAACCCAUCUCACCUUGAGGCAGUGGAUCCUGUCGUGCAGGGCAAAACUAAAGCUGAGCAGUUCUACAGAGGAGACAAUGAGGGGAAGAAGGUGAUGUCCAUUCUCCUGCAUGGUGAUGCUGCAUUUGCUGGUCAAGGAGUUGUGUAUGAAACCUUCCACCUCAGUGAGCUUCCCUCAUAUACCACUCAUGGCACCAUUCAUGUUGUUGUCAACAACCAGAUUGGCUUCACUACCGAUCCGCGAAUGGCACGCUCCUCUCCUUACCCCACUGAUGUGGCUCGUGUGGUCAAUGCACCCGUUUUCCAUGUCAACGCUGAUGAUCCUGAGGCUGUGAUGUAUGUGUGCAGAGUGGCUGCAGAAUGGAGAAAUACUUUUAACAAGGACGUGGUCAUUGAUCUGGUUUGUUACCGGCGCUUUGGCCACAAUGAAAUGGAUGAACCCAUGUUCACUCAACCUCUCAUGUACAAGCAAAUCCGUAAGCAGGAGCAUGUACUAAAAAAAUAUGCAGACAAGCUCAUUUCUGAGGGAGUGGUUACUCUGCAGGAGUUUGAGGAGGAAGUGGCUAAGUAUGACAAAAUUUGUGAAGAAGCAUACACCAGCUCCAAAGAUGAAAAGAUACUCCACAUCCGUCACUGGCUGGACUCACCCUGGCCAAAAUUCUUCACAGAUGAGGGGGAACCAAAGUGUAUGAGCUAUCCUCCCACAGGGCUCCCCGAGGAUGUCCUGAAGCACAUCGGCCAGGCUGCCAGCUCUGUCCCUCAGAAAGAUUUCUCCAUUCACAGUGGAGUGUCGAGGAUCUUGCGAGGCCGUGCCGACAUGGUUAGCAAGCGUACAGUGGACUGGGCUCUUGGGGAGUACAUGGCCUUUGGUUCCCUGCUGAAGGAUGGAGUUCAUGUGAGACUGAGUGGGCAAGAUGUAGAGAGAGGAACAUUCAGUCAUCGUCAUCAUGUCCUGCAUGAUCAGGAAGUGGAUAAGCGCAUUUGUGUUCCAAUGAACCACCUAUGGCAGAACCAAGUUCCUUACACAGUGUGCAACAGCUCCCUGUCUGAGUAUGGAGUUUUGGGUUUUGAGCUGGGUUUUGCUAUGGCCAGUCCCAAUGCCCUGGUUUGCUGGGAGGCCCAGUUUGGCGAUUUCCACAACACAGCACAGUGCAUCAUAGACCAAUUCAUCAGUUCAGGUCAGGCCAAGUGGGUUCGGAACAAUGGCAUCGUCCUUCUGCUACCCCAUGGGAUGGAGGGAAUGGGCCCAGAGCACUCGUCAGCAAGGCCUGAGCGUUUCUUGCAGAUGUGCAAGGAUGACCCUGAUCGCUAUACGGAAUUCACUGGAGACUUCGAGGUCCAACAGCUUUAUGACUGUAACUGGAUUGUGGUCAACUGCUCGACACCUGCUAACUAUUUUCAUGUGCUGAGAAGGCAGAUCUUAUUACCAUUCAGAAAGCCACUAAUUAUUUUCACUCCAAAGUCCUUACUGAGGCUCCCUGAGGCCCGCUCCAGCUUUGAUGAGAUGACCCCAGACACCAAGUUCAAAAGAAUCAUACCAGAUGAGGGUCCUGCAUCUAAAAUCCCAGAAACUGUAAAAAGGGUCAUCUUCUGCACUGGCAAAGUCUACUAUGAGUUAGCAAAAGAGAGACAACAACUUGGACUGGAAGAUAGGAUUGCAAUUGUCCGAAUGGAGCAGAUAUCACCAUUUCCGUUUGACCUUGUCAGGAAAGAAGUUCAGAUGUAUGGUAAUGCUGAGCUGAUAUGGUGUCAGGAAGAGCAUAAGAACAUGGGUUAUUAUGACUACAUAAGACCACGCUUCCUUAGUGUGCUCUCCAACAAGAAACCAAUAUGGUACGUUGGUCGUGACCCUGCUGCAGCUCCUGCCACAGGAAACAAAUUCACACACCUGGCAGAGCUGAAGAAGUUCAUGACCACUGCAUUCAACCUCAGUGCAUUUGAUGGCAAGAGCUUUUAAUGCUAAUGAACUACUUACUCUAAAUAUUCCUUAGAAUUGGUGCUUUAACCUCAUGGAAACCUUGCUUUUAAAGCACAAUGCGUACAUAGCAAUAGGGUGAUCCUAUAUCAUUCAGGUUUUGAUUGCCUUGUUCAUCUGUUUUAGGAACUAAUAUAGACAUGUUUAGUCAUAUUCAAGAACUAGUACAGAAAUGAAUAGAAUAUGAUAUUAGAAUACAUGUGUGCAUCAGUGCUUGGAGUAUUUAGAGUAGAAUUUAUCACAGUGCUUUUGAUCUCAGGUUAUUUUUGCCUACACUACUUAUUCUUUUCCCACAUCUCUCAUCAUUUUGUGCAAAACCUGGCAUCAAUCUGAGACACCGAACAGAUGGUGUAGUGACAAACAGCAAUAUUCUUUAUGGCCACCAUGAUAUACUUAGUUGCUCCUAAAUUACAAUUGUCCACUUGGGACUAUGAGGUAGGGCUAGUGUGCUUAUAGUAUAUGAUUCAACUAAAGGAUAGAAACCACAUAGUCUUAGGUAAAUAUCUUGACAAUAAAUUAACAUGACAGUUUGAUCCUGGCCAUGUCUGAGCUCUUCAGCAUUAAUGCUAUAAAGUUCCAGUUACAAAUAAGUACAGUAAUAUGUUAAUUUCUUUGUCUUUUUAAUCAGUAUUACAGGAUAUAUAUAUAUCAUAUUUGGUGUUGUUGGUAUGCAUUCCUCACUGCUUCUAUGGCCUCUUGGCACAGUGGAUCAAGCCUCCCAUCACCUCCUAGUAAAACAAGAACUGGUCAGAUAUUUUCAGUAUGUAAACACCACAUACACUAUGUGGCCAAAAGUAUGUGAACAUCACACCCAUAUGUGGGUCUUUUCCAAAAUUUUCCCUUCACUGAUUCUGAAGGGGCUCAAACACGUUCCAGCAUGACAAUACCCAUUUGCACAAAUAAAUGUUCAUAAAGACAGGCCUUCUUGUCUGACAUCACUACCUGACCUCACUAAGGCUCUAGUGACUAAAGGAGCACAAAUCCAAGCACAAAGCCUUCACAGAAAACUGAUAAAUCUGGAAUAUGAUGGCCAAAAAGCACAUAUAGUCAAGUGGCCAUAUACUUACAUACAUACAGCUAUGAAUUGUUUAAGUCUUAAUGGCAGAUUACUUGGUUUUCGUGCAUAUUUUGUAAUUCUAUAUAAACUAAAAUAUUGCAUAAGUUGGUUAGCUGCAACAACAAAAAUUCAGCAGCCUUAAAAUCCUGUUCUGAGAUGUAGAUCAGUAAAUAAGUUUACUAAUUUAAAUAGAUUUGAUGACUGACUUGUGAGCACACAAAUUUGUAAGAUCACCAGUGAGUUUGGUUACAUUCAUGAACCUGUCAGUCAACUGUUAAAUGCCAGUGCAGCAUCCCUGUUCAAUCCCGAGUUCAGCUUACUGUCUCUAUGGAGUUUUGCAUGAUCUGUCCAUAUCUGUGUAGAUUUCCUUCAGGUUCUCUCAAUUCCCAAUAAAAUGUACCAGCACUAACUGGUAACUGACAAUUCUAAAUUA